AAAACCCAUAAAAUUAAUAAAUAAAAAAUAAAGUGUGCGCAAAAGCGGCGCGAAGAUGUUGGUUUUUCGUUGCGCUGCUGCAGUCCCAUUCCCUUUGGGGACUUUCUUCAAACACUUUCCGGCUUCAAAGCCAAAGACGUUCUAUCCGUACAGACUCAGAACAAAAGCUCUAACUACCACCAGAAUCCUCAACUCUUCGUACUUUGAAGCCUUAAGUCCUCUUCAAAAGGAUCAGAUCCAUCUUUAUGUAGACACUCUUCUUGAAUGGAACCAGAGAAUGAAUUUGACAGCUGUGACAGGGAAGAAUGAAGUCAUGGAAAGACACAUUGAAGACUCGCUUGCGAUUAUACCACCUAUAAGGAAUUCUUAUCUCUCUCAUUGUAGCUCUUCAUGCAAUAAUCUCAAUCUUGUUGACGUUGGAAGUGGUCCAGGUCUUCCAGGAUUAGUUCUAGCCAUUGCUUGCCCUGGUUGGGAAGUUACCCUUAUGGAGUCUAUGAAUAAGAGGUGUGUAUUCUUGGAGCAUGUGAUUAGUCAUAUCGGUUUGACGAAUGUUCAAGUUGAAAGAGGAAGAGCUGAGAAUUUGGGGCAAAGUACGUGCUUUAGAGAGAAAUUUGAUGUAGCAGUAGCUAGAGCAGUUGCAGAGAUGAGAGUGUUAGCUGAAUACUGUCUUCCUCUGGUUCGUGUGGGUGGUUUGUUUGUUGCUGCAAAGGGCCAUGACCCUCAGGAGGAAGUUAAGAAUGCAGAAAGAGCAAUUGAAAUGAUGGGUGCUUCUCUGUUGCAACUCUGCGCUGUGGAAUCACACAGCCCAUAUGGACAGAGAACUGCCAUUGUAUGUUUUAAAGCUCGCACCACCCCAGGGAAAUAUCCUCGUGACCCAGGUACACCAGCUAAAGUUCCAUUAUAAAUAAUGUAGAAACCUGUUUUUUUCGGUUGUCUACUAUCUUUUCCACCUGCCUUACACCUGUGUAUGUAACAGCUUAACAUCGAAGUUUCACUUUUAAAUGACAUUUGCCUUCGAUCCACCA